GCUGGGCUUAAAAUAACCCUUCAGCACUGACAGAUCCCUUCCUGCAAAUCCAACUGUGCUGCACCAGCUCUCCUCCUCUCCCUUGGGUAAGAGUCAGCUGCCACACCGACUGUGAAGGUUUAUUUUCUUUUGCACAGUGCAGUGAUUCCACUAUCCCAGGUUGCUCCAAGCCCCAUCCAACCUGGCCCUGAACACUUCCAGGGAUGGGGAAUCCACAGCUUUUUCUGGUGUUGAGGUAGGGUGAUGGAAUCACAGUGCUGUGCUCACCUAACUGGGCUCUGCAUCCAGGGAAAGCCUCGUGUUUCUAUGGAGGAAGCUGCUCCAGAAGAGCUGUUGGAGUAAAUUGCAGCAAUAUCUUUCCAGAGAGUGAAUGAAGCAGCUUUGGGAGCCUGACAUUAAACAGGAUUCACAGGAAGAAACAGGUUGGACAAUGCAUCUCUUUGGAACCACCUCUGGGAAGAUGAAGCUUCCAACAGCAGCAGUGCAAUUUGGAACCUCCUUGUUUUAAGGGAACCUGGAAACUUCUACCCAUAUUUGCCUAUUCCAGCAUAAAGCAGAGGAAAAUGAGUUAUUUUUAUUUUUUGCAUAUUUUCACACUACGUAACAAUUUUUUUUCCUUCUCAUUUUGUUCAAUGGGAAAAACUUGAGCCAGUUUUAUAGCUGAUCCUUACUUCGCCACAUUCCUCUUACUGAGCCAAAUUCUUGGGAACCACAUACAGAGUACAUUUAUUUUUGUGUCUUGGUGGUGGUUGGGGCUUCUUUUUCUUUCUGUGACACAUGUCACUUUUUAUUCUGUUUUGAAGCUGUCCUUUUGCAUUGCUGAGUAGUUGUAGAACCACUCCAGGAACGAAAUAAUUUCAGACUUGCAGAAGAUGACUCAUGUGCUUCAGAAACUUUUUAAUGGCUGUGCUUGGCUCAUUAAUGUAGGAGUGUAACGGUAGUAAUAUGAGGUAUUGCAUUAAUUGCUGCAUACAUUUAUUACCAAAUGACUUGCACAGACAGUGUUUCAGAUGCCGUGGACCUGAUCACAAUAACCAGAAGUGUCCUGUGUGCAGAGGAGAAAAUAAAAUCCCUUUGUACACCGACAGCAAGCAGAUGAAGUGGCUCGCGGUGCUGGAAGUGAGGACUGACCACUGUGAGAGCUGGAAUGGGUUUUUCUGCCUGAGGAAGGGGAAGCUCUGCAGUUUGAUGUUUGGGUUGAUCAUAAUGACUCUGGUGAUGGUAUCCUACAUACUGACUGGAGCCAAGCACGGCCUGCUGCUGAUCCCAUCUCCCUUCCAUUACGGAGCUUUUGCUAGCAAUCCCAGCUUAAUGGACAAUGAAAGCCUUAGUGACAUGAAAGACUAUUACCAGCCUUCAAAAAUGAAUAUUUCAUAUGUAAAGGAUUAUCCAAGCAUUAAAUUAAUUAUUGACACCAUUACUUCAAAGAUAGAGUUUAUAACGAGGCAGCGCCCUGAUUUAGAAGAGCUGAGGAAGCAAGAGCCACAUAUGUUUUCGGUAAUUCCUAACAAAUUCCUUCCAAACAGCAAGAACCCUUGUUGGUACGAAGAGUACCGCGGGAACACAACCACGGAUCCCUACGCCACCAACUCCUACGCACUCUACUCCAAGCGCUUUCGGAUCAUUUUUGAUUACCUCAGGAAGGUAUUUUGGAACCACUUGUACCACUACAAGGACAAGCACUACCGCCUGCGCUGCCUGCCACACUUCUACAUCAUCGGGCAGCCCAAGUGUGGCACCACGGACCUGUACGACCGCCUCCGACUGCACCCCGACGUUCGCUUCUCGGCCAUCAAGGAGCCCCACUGGUGGACCAGGAAACGCUUUGGAAUCAUCCGGCUGAGGGAUGGAUUUCACGACCGCUACCCGGUGGAAGAUUACCUGGAUCUGUUCGACCUGGCAGCACAUCAGAUCCAGAGCGUGCUGCAGAGUGAUGCAGUGAAGGAGCAUGGCAAGAGGAACAACAUCAUCAUAGGGGAGGCCAGUGCCUCGACAAUGUGGGACAACAACGCUUGGAUUUUCUUCUAUGACAACAGCACUGAAGGAGAACCUCCCUUCCUAAUCCAGGAUUUUAUCCAUGCCUUCCAACCAAAUGCCAAACUUAUCAUCAUGCUGAGGGACCCUGUUGAAAGGUUGUACUCUGACUAUCUGUACUUCGCCAGCGCCAACAAAUCCGCGGAGGAUUUCCACGAGAAGGUGGCGGAAUCCCUGCAGCUCUUUGAGAGCUGCGUGCUGGAUUUCUCCCUGCGAGCCUGUGUCUACAACAACACCCUCAACAACGCCAUGCCCGUGAGGUUACAGGUAGGGCUCUAUGUUGUGUAUCUCCUGGACUGGCUGACAGUUUUUAACAAAGAUCAGAUCCUUGUUCUUCGCCUGGAGGACCAUGCAUCAAACAUGAGGUACACCAUGCACAUGGUGUUCCAGUUCCUGGACCUGGGACCUCUGAGUGAGAAACAAGAAGCUCUGAUUACCAAGAGUCCUGCAUCAAACACCCGAAGACCUGAAGACAGAAGCCUGGGCCCGAUGCUGCCAACCACCAAGGCAAUUUUAAGAGAUUUCUAUAGGCCUUUUAAUACAAAACUGGCACAAGUUCUUUUUGAUGAUGCUUUUUUAUGGAAGAGGACAUAAUAUGUAAAUUUCUUGCCACGACUACAGUGCUUAGAGGAGUUUUUAUUUUUUUAAAUUCUAUUUUUGUGCGUGGAUAUUUUAAAUUUUUUUUUUCCCAUUCCAAAGAGCAGCCGAUGGAUGAGCUGAGAGUCUCACCUUCAGCCAGCACACAUCUCAACAGCUCUACCACAUUUUCCUUGGGAGAAUGGAAAGCAUCUUGCUUUAAUCACUUUAUUGCAACUUCUUUCACCCCAGCAAAGGAGUGGACAAGCAUUAGGACAAUGAUGUCUUUCACUCUUCCACAGGGGUGUUGAAGUGUAACCUUCUGUGAGAUGCUGCAACACAGAGUCAGCAUCAGUUUCCUACAAUUACACUUAUAACCUCUCAUUUUCAAUAUAUGUUAUUCACUCAUUUUUUUUCAAUCAAUCAAUGUCAUUUAGUCAUUAAAAUUUUUAAUUGAAUUCAACCUAAA